AUGCCUGACUACGACGAGGUGACCGCCUUCCUGGGCGAGUGGGGGACCUUCCAGCGCCUCAUCUUCUUCCUGCUCAGCGCCAGCUUCAUCCCCAAUGGCUUUACUGGGUUGUCUGGCGUGUUUCUGACAGCGACCCCGGAGCACCGUUGCCUGGUACCAGACACCGUGAAUCUGAGCAGCGCGUGGCGCAACCACAGUAUCCCGUUGGAGAAGAAGGACGAGGGACAGGUGCUCCAGAAGUGCCGCCGCUACCGACUGGCCACCAUCGCUAACUUUUCUGCGAUGGGACUGGAGCCAGGACAGGAUGUGGACCUGGAGCAGCUGGAGCAGGAGAACUGCCUGGAUGGCUGGGAGUACAACAAGGACAUCUUCCUGUCCACCAUCGUGACAGAGUGGGACCUGGUGUGUAAGGAUGACUGGAAGGCCCCACUCGCCACCUCCUUCUUUUACGUGGGUGUGCUCCUAGGCUCCUUCAUUUCGGGACAGCUCUCAGACAGGUUUGGUCGCAAGAAUGUGCUGUUUUUGACCAUGGCCAUGCACACUGGAUUCAGCUUCAUACAAGUCUUCUCUGUGAACUUCAAGAUGUUUACUCUGCUCUUUACUCUUGUUGGAAUGGGACAUAUAUCCAACUACCUGACAGCAUUUGUCCUGGGAACAGAAAUCCUUUCCAAAUCAGUUCGAAUUAUAUUCGCCACUUUAGGAGUUUGCAUAUUUUUUGCAUUUGGCUUCAUGGUGCUGCCUCUGUUCGCAUACUUCUUCAGACACUGGAGGAAGCUGCUGCUGGCAAUUACUUUACCAGGGGUGCUGUGUGGGGCUCUCUGGUGGUUCAUCCCUGAGUCCCCCCGAUGGCUCAUCUCUCAAGGCCGAAUUAAAGAGGCAGAGGUGAUCAUCCGCAAAGCUGCCAAAGUCAAUGGGAUUGUUGCACCUUCCACAAUCUUCGAUCCAAAUGAGACCAAUAAGUCACAAGAUGAAAAUCCCAAGAAGUCUCAGUCUCACCACAUUUACGAUCUGGUCCGAACACGGAAUAUCAGGAUCCUCACCAUCAUGUCCAUAGUCCUGUGGCUGACUAUAUCAUUGGGCUAUUUCGGACUUUCUUUUGACACUCCUAACUUGAAUGGGAACAUCUAUGUGAACUGCUUCCUAUUGGCGGCUGUUGAAGUCCCAGCCUAUGUGUUGGCCUGGAUCUUGCUGCAGCACGUGACCCGGCGAUAUUCCAUGGCUGGUUCCCUCUUUCUCGGAGGCAGUGUCUUUCUGUUACUGCCACUGGUGCCUUCAGAAUUCUUUUACUUGUCUACUGUCCUGGUGAUGGUGGGCAAGUUUGGAAUCACCUCUGCCUACUCCAUGGUCUAUGUGUACACAGCUGAGCUGUACCCCACUGUGGUCAGAAACAUGGGUGUGGGAGUCAGCUCCACAGCAUCCCGCCUUGUCACCAUCCUGUCUCCCUACUUUGCUUACCUUCGUUCCUAUAACCGCCACCUGCCUUAUAUCCUCAUGGGAAGUCUAACUCUCCUGACAGCUAUCAUCACUUUGUUCUUCCCAGAGAGCUCUGGGGUUUCUCUCCCAGACACCAUUGACGAGAUGCAAAAGGUCAAAAGAAUAAAACAAGUGCAAUCACUAAGUAAGAGAGGGUCCUCACGAACAUCUAAAGGAAAACUGCCCCAACAAGGGUCCAAAGGAAAAGUGACCCCACAAGAGUCUAAAGGAAAAGUGUCCCCACAAGAGUCUAAAGGAAAAGUGCCCCCACAAGAGUCUAAAGGAAAACUGCCCCCACAAGAGUCUAAAGGAAAAGUGUCCCAAACCUAA